AUAAAGGAGAGCUUCAAAAUGUUUGAUAUAUGAACUUCAAAUUCGACUCCGUAAUAAAUGAGUCACGUUUGAGCUGGACAAUGGACUGUUCACCUUAGUUCUGUUUGAUUGAAUCGCAUUAUCCAAUAUGAGAGCUUAACAAUGGAAAUUAUCUACUACUAUAAUUUUAUCUUUUUAAAGUUAGAAAAAAUUGAUUUUGUUUGAAUUAUUAGUGGAGUAGAAAAUAUCAUCUCUCUCCCCCAACAUUUUCGAAAUCGGAAGCUGAAGUCCGAUUGAAGAUAUCUGGUCCACCGUGAAAUUGGUACAGUACUGAAACGAAAACGACCACCAUAAUUGACCGUACUUCUCAGAGUUGUGUGUAUGUAUUCACUUCCACAGCACGUUUCCAACCCCACCUUGAAAAACCAGCACCAACCAAUUCAAUAAAGAAAAACAAAUCUUUGCAAGCAAUCGUGGAAUGCGAUUGCUACCGCACCUCUGACCAACAAGACUGUAUCUGUAUGGCAGCACAGGUCUCGACGGCCACCGGCGAUGUAGCCAGGGCCCAUUUGGCCAUGGCGGUGGUGCAGCUCUUCAACGGCGGCUACCACGUCAUCACCACCGUGGCGCUCAACGACGGAGUCAACCAGUUCGUCUUCUGCGUUUUCCGGGACCUCCUCGCGCUCUUGAUUCUUGCCCCCGUCGCCUAUUUCGUUGAGAAAAAGAAAAGGUUGCCAUUAAACAGACGCCUCGUAGGAACGUUUUUCCUUCUCGGUCUAACUGGGAUUUUCGGGAACCAGCUUUUAUUUCUUCUUGGGCUUAGCUACACAAAUCCGACUUAUGCUUCAGCCAUACAGCCUUCCAUUCCAGUCUUUACAUUCAUUUUUGCUGUGAUGAUGGGGACAGAGACAGUCAAUUUACGCAAAAUAGAAGGUCAAGUAAAGUUAGGAGGAACUCUUGUUUGUGUUUCCGGUGCCAUUCUAAUGGCUAUCUUCCGGGGCCCAGCUGUGUUUGGAUCCGAGGAGAUACUUACAGCAUAUGCUGAGCCUAAUAACGAGGUUCAAUCUGAACCUGCUCUUUGGUUAAUAUCUAAUUUUCUGGGGUUAGGGAUUGAAACUUGGCACCUUGGGGUUUUGUGCUUAAUUGGAAACUGCAUAUGCAUGGCUGCUUUUCUCGCCAUUCAGGCUCCACUUUUAGCUAAAUAUCCUGCUAGUAUAUCAGUGACAGCCUAUUCAUACGGUUUUGGUGCCGUAUUAAUGGUAGCGACUGGAGUACUUGCAACUAAUACAUCAACAGACUGGAAUCUCACAAAAUCUGAGGUUAUUGCAGUUUGCUAUGCUGGAAUCGUAACGUCUGCACUGAGCUACGGACUCGUGACUUGGUCUAAUAAAACCAUGGGCCCUGCCUUGGUUGCUCUGUACAAUCCACUUCAACCUCUUGCUUCAUCCAUCCUAGCAAAAUUUUUCCUUGGAAGCACAAUUUAUUUGGGAAGCAUUCUUGGAGGAGUACUCAUUAUAAUCGGGCUUUAUUUGGUCACGUGGGCGUCCUACAACGAAAAACAGGCUAGAAUUGUGCUUCCUCAUGUUCGGUCAACUGAACCGCUCAUUGACAGAGAUUCACCCGUGAAUAAGUUAUCAUAGCCGCUUGGGCGCGUUCUAUCAGGCCCUCGAACCUCGAAAGAUAUACGGCUUAAGAGGUUACAUCGGUUUUCUUCAUUGGGAUUUCAAGAUUUGUAAAAAGUUGCAGCAUAUCAUCUACAUUUUUGAGAGCAUGUGUAUUUUGUUGUUGUAUCUUGUUGGAAAUUGAAAUAUAAUUACUUUAUGGUGUAUAUGUUUUGAGGCACUCAUCUUAGUAUGUGAGCUAGGUGGAGACAUAUUUCAUGUCCUACACAAUGUUCUAGUUUUUUGUGAAUGUGUACAAAAUCUGCAUAAUAAUAUUAAAGUUUGUACAGUUCAGAUA